AUGACGAGUGAAGUGGAUUGUCGUCGUGGUGCUCACGUUAAUCCAGAUAUUUUCAAGCUUGAAAAUAAGCCUAAGAAUAUAUUAUGUCAUGAAAUCGGUGCAGGUUCUCGUUGUUUAAAGUGUGAUUGUCCGGGCCUCGAUUUACACUAUUGGAGGAAAAUGUGUAAAGUAUGUUCCUGCAGGAUGGACGAUCACGAUGUAAUAUUACCAAAAAACAUGGAUCAUGGCCAAAUAGUGAUAGGUCGUUUGUUUGAUUUCAUACCCGAGUUUGAGAGCAAGUUACGUUUACAUCCCCCGUCACCUUCAUUACCGAACUCAAAAAAAGCUUAUCAUGUUCCUAAUACUAAAUUGGAGAAAAUUCUGGAAUCAAUGUACAAUGUGAGACUUGAAGAUACUAAAGAGAAAAACAAAAUGUCAGAAUAUACAUGGGUUCCAACAACUGACAGAGCAUUAGCUGAGAAAUACUUCAGUGCUCUUCCAGAAAGCGAACGUCCUAUCGCUGACACUGAGGGUGCCUUAUAUCGGCGUCACAAAUUGCAGCAUCAGUUACCGCAUCAUGAUUCUGACGCAUCUGCUGCGAAGUCUCUAAAGACUGAAUUGGAUAGGAAGGAACACGCGAAGUAUGUAAAUACCGUAAAAGAAAAGAUUGUUGGUGUUGGUAGAUUGAUUGAAUUCUCUGAAAUGAAUACAUUAAAUGACAGUUGGAAAACUGCAGAACCUGGAUCGCAUGGUGUUGGAAGCACUGGCUUGCAAGACAAUUAUGGGGAGUGUCAGUUUUGCCAUAAGAAUUUACAAGUUGGAGAGGUCGCUGUUGUGACAGAUCACGGAUCACCAAAUGAAAUGUGGCAUGUCAACUGCUUCAAGUGCCAUAUUUGCAAUCAGAGACUUGUGGACCUUCUCUAUUUUUAUAAGAACGGUGUUUAUUAUUGCGGCCGUCACUUCGGAGAUUCUGUUUAUCCAAGAUGUUCCGGUUGUGAUGAGCUUAUUUUCUCGAAAGAGUAUACUUUUGCCGAGGAUAAAAGCUGGCACUUGGAUCAUUUUUGCUGUUUUGGAUGCGAUAUGCAACUCGGUGGCCAUCGUUAUAUGAUGAAAGAUGAGCAACCUUACUGCUUCAAUUGCUAUAUGGAAAGACAUGCUAAGACUUGUCGAUUUUGCCUUAUCAAAAUAGCGCCUGAUCAACAGCGGAUUUCAUUGAAAGACCUACACUGGCAUGCUGGAGACGAUUGUUUCCGAUGCAGAUACUGCAGCAAGGUGUUGCUGAAUCAGAGGUUCAUUGUCAAAAAUGAGGAAGUUUUUUGCAGUUCGGAAUGCAAAAGAAGUUUCUUGGCUUGA